AUGUUGACGUUCAGGAUGAGACAACCUGUAGGGUCUAUAAACAACUGGGGUCUAGACACGUUCGCGUACGACCCUCAAAGGUACGCAAUGGACUACCACAGCAUCGGUUUUAGGGAAUGCGCGGCAGAAGUAGCCAGAUACCUCGUCAGCUGCGAAGGUCUAGACAUACAGGACCCACUGCGGCUGCGACUCAUGAGCCACCUCCAGUGCUUCGCCGCGCAACGGGAGCUCGCAGCGAAGUCCGCCAACUGGGGCUACCCACAGUACCCUGCCGCGCCGGUAGCUCCGCAGCCUCAACAUCCCACAGGAUAUACAGACUUGGGGCAUAGGCAAGACAUACCAACAACAUCAGCUACAACGACAGUGGCAGUACCUACGGCGAUAGCUGCCCCGCUGACAGCCGCUCCGAGCUAUCCUCACUAUCCUCCAGCGCCUCCUGCUCCCCCCGCUCCGCCGGGACCACACCCCGCCCCGCCAGCCCCACAUUACCCCUCCCCGUAUCCUCAUCCGCCACCACACCACCAAUACUCCCAAAACAGUUCGAAACCCUAUAGACCAUGGGGUGCGGAAUUGGCUUAUUAG